AUGGAAAUGUUUAGAGAAGGAGGUUCCACCUCGAGACCUCCUAUGCUGGAAGGAGCCAAUUAUCCAUACUGGAAAACCAAGAUGCGUGCCUUCUUGAGAGCUGUUGAUGAAAGAGUUUGGAUGUCCAUAGAAGAAGGGUGGUGGAAACCAACGAUGAUGGAGAAUGAAAUCGUCAUACCCAAACCCAUGAGUCAAUGGACCACUGUUGAAAUGGAAAGAGCGAAUUUCAACUCAAAGGCUCUUCAUGCCUUGUUUAAUGCUGUCUCCACUAACCAGUUGAAGGUUAUAGCCAAUUGUGAAAUUGCUAAGGAAGCAUGGGAGAAGCUAAAGAUUAAGAACGAGGGAACUGAUGCUGUCAAGAAAUCAAGGCUGCGUGCCUUGGCAAAGGCUUUCGAAAAUCUCACCAUGGAGGAGGAUGAGUCUGUGGCUGAAUUCCAUGCAAAACUUUGUGACAUCUCUAAUGAAUCAUAUACUCUGGGGAAAACUUACUCUAACUCGAAACUGGUUCGAAAAGUGCUUGGUGUCCUCCCCAGAAGAUUCAUGUCCAAAGUUACCUCUAUCGAAGAAAUGAGAAACAUUGAGGAACUCGAUCUUGACGAACUCAUCGGGUCAUUACAAAACUAUGAGCUAUCACUGUCUAGGUGGAAGAAAACCAAGAAACAAAAGGAGGUGGUGAAAGAAAAAUCAGAUGUUGGCAUUGCACUUAUUCACCAAGAAAACAAGAAACCUGUUCUGGAAGACUUAAAUGGCAUUACAGAUGAAAUUGUUGCCCUGUUAACAAGAAACUAUGCAAAGUUCUUGAAAAAGAACUACAGGAAAAAUUCACCAACUGACAAAGAAAAUCUUCUCAAGAGAAACAAAGGAGUAAAUUUCAAACCAGGACAAGCCUCAACUGAUCAAAAGGGGCGAGGGAUUAAGUGCAGAGAAUGUGAUGGAUAUGGUCAUAUUCAGGCCGAGUGUGCCAACACACUAAAAAAGAAAAAGGCCCUUGCAGCAACUUGGAGUGAUAGUGAUGAGGAAAAGAACUCCACAGCCAGUGAAGGAUCAGAUGAGGAAAAGCAGGUACUUGCAUUCAUGGCCCAAAGUCGUAAUCCAGCUUGA